AACAUAUCGGAAUCGUAUAUUCUCCAUUGCUAUUGCCGAUUUUACAAAAUGUAUUUGAUCAGUUUUCGCACCAGACAUUACCCCAUUUAAACGACAAACAUAGAAAAAUCGAUUUGACCUGACGUGGUGUUUGAAAAUAGGUUUUGUUGAGCGCGAGUGAACAUCGUUUCAAUAUAACCAUAAAUAAAAGUAUUUUGAAUGGAACACCUCGAGAUAUUUGAAUCAUAAACUCUAUAUUGAUCAUUCUAUUCUAAUUUCGUGAAAGUUUUUUGAGAAAUUUUGGAUUUUAGCGGGUAACAAGUGAUUUCACAUAUAGAUAGAGUAUCGAUGUUAAAAAUUUGAAUUAAGAGAAGAAAAUAUGGUCUGAUGAAUAUGCAAAAUGAGUAUAGAACAUUUCAAAAAAAGACUGAUUCAAAAACACCAAAAACCCCUAUUGGAAGCACAGACUAAUUCAGUUAGGGAAGAAGUUGAUGAAGAGACUUCUUCAAAUUCGUCUGGAAGCUCGACGGUGUCGAACGACCAAAAACAAGAAAAGAACAAACAUAAAACCAUUCAAACCAAGGUGGCCAGAAAGAGAAACGUCUGUAGAAGUAAAUUCAGACAUAAUAGUUUGACGAUAUUUAAGCUUGGUACAAGUGUCCCAACCUCAUUGUGCAAAUCUAAAGAGCCCUACAAUGUUAGUACGGAAAAAAAUCUUCAACUUUGUUGCGAAAAUAAAGAAGCGCAGUCGAACAACAACAAUAGCAAUGUCGUCAACUAUAAUGUCGUUUCUGAAACUAGCAAAACAACCAACAAAGAAGCCAUAACAGAACAAAUAAUAAAUUCUAUAGAUACUAAUAAAAACAUCCAAAGAUCUCAAUUAUAUAAUAAUAAAUUAUCAGGAAAACAUAUUUUACCCGCCAUAGUACCGGAAAUUAGUUUCAUCAAUCAAAACAGCUCCAUACGAAGAUAUUCAGUUGACGAAACAUCUCGAACUGAGACCAACACGAUACGUAAAUUACCAUUACAUCAAACCGCACCAAUAUGGAACGGAACCACCCAACAACCACGUCUACCAAUCCAACGAACAUGUACAGAAAGGAUUUCACCAGAUUCCACAUCAUCUACCGUGGUAAUACCAUCGAAUUUACCAUACAACGACACCAAUCCUCCUCCAAUAACAAAUAUGUGUCCGUACAUUCCGAAAAGUUUACCUCUGAACGUAUCACUGCCCAGUAAUACAACGAUAACCCCAAUUACACACCCCAACGCAUAUUUUUCGAAAACCAGCGAUCCUCAAAGAUACGUCGAGUCCGUAUUAACAAAACCUAGCGGCGAAGUAACGGAUACUCCCAUAAAUUUAUCCGUCAAAGAAAAUCUGUUGAAAUUAAUGGAUCCGCAUUUCUACAGUAAAUAUCAAUAUAUUUUAGACAAUAUAACCCAAGGGAUAGAUGAACUGAAAUUAGGAUUGUCGCUAAGCAGUAAUAGAUUCAAUACUUCAAUUCAGGAUUAUCAUAAAUUACUGAGAAUAACGGUAGCUAAAGCGAUGUUGCCACUAUCGCGCCGAUUAAUGCGCGUUCCUUUCAACGCCGAAAUUUUAGCGAUCUUCAAUUAUUUUUAUCAAUAUUUGACGUUCGUAAAAGUGGCAGUAGACGUUUCGAUCGAAUUGAAACUAUUCAUAGACGAUUUAAUUAACGAAAUCAUAUCUUUUUUAACGAAAACCAUAUUCAACGACAGCACCAUUAACCCGACUUUGAGACGGUAUACUAUAAAAAUAUUAACGCACGAUUUGGACUCGCAAAUACCUUUGCUCAAGGACGUUUUACCAAUAAUACCAGAGAAAUAUACGGAUCCGAAUUGGAUGAGGCAUUUUUUGAACGCUUUGAAACGAAACGUUCCCAAUACUAAACCGAAACCGCCAACGAAAAGAAAACUAAAUCAUCUACAAUCGAAUAGCAAACGAAGUACCAACAGAAAUAAAUCAGUUUUGCCAACAGAUAAUUAUACACCAGAAACUAGUAAUAUUUUGAGUGUUAGUGAUUCGUAUUCGAUAAAUAAAAGUAUUUUAGAUAAACCCACUGUAAUCGUACAAGAUGAAUCAAUGGAAGUCACGGUAACCGAUAAAGAUACGCUGGUCGAUAAACAAGAUAAUACUAAAGAAAUACCACCGAGUGAAAUGGAUAUUAAAAAAGAAUGGUUUAAAUGUGAAAACGGCGUUACUGAAGAUUUGAAUUUGUUCAAAGAACUUUUGAGAAACGAAGACAAAGAAGUUUAUAAGAAAGUUCUAGAGAAACUUGUAGGAUUGAAACAAACGACUUUAUCACACGAAAUCAUCACCAUCGACGACGAAGAAGAAGAUACUUCGAAAGAAGACCCGUCGAUCGUCAAGACCGAAAUCAAAGAUAAUUCAUUUAUUGAGAAAAGAUCACGUUCAGAUGUUGUAAUAAUAGAAGUUGACGAAGAAAAUCAUAGUAUUGGAAACAAUACUUCAGAUAGUAAUCAAAAUUAUAUAAAAAAUAUCAAAAUACCUUGUGAAACACAAACACCACAAGAAGUAGAAACGUCUAACAGCAGCUCGAAGAUAUUGAAAACUUGUAGUGUUCAAUCAGAAAUAAACUUACCUAAGACGAACAACAACGAAAUAAUAAAUUUGGUAUCACCAACACAUUAUAACGGAAUCAAAAAUAUUGAAACAGUUUCCUCGAAAUCAUAUCCAGAAAAAACAAAGUGUCCAACACCACUAAUUGAAACUAUAGAAUCCAACACAACAAAAACGUCGAUGAAUACUGGAAAUCUGUCUGCGUUAAAACCGGAAGUCGAAGAUAUUUCUUCAGAUGAAGAAGACAGAAAACCGUUUGUAAAAACAAUAGGUUACGAUUGCACAAUAUCCGACCCAGAGAGAUUCUUCGAAAACUCCAAUAUACAUAUUUGUAAAUUAGUAUCCACUAGUGAACCUUGUAUAAAACCAGAUCCAAUACCGAAAUAUAUUUACACAAUGCCAGUAGGUCCGCUAACACCAUUACAAACGGAAAAAAAGAAGAAUAUCAUCGAAUUAAGCGAAUUCAACGAAACUAAAAAAUCAUUGACGUGUAGACUGAAAAUUAACAACGAACCUAAAGUGUGUACACCGAGAUUAUAUUCCGUGGAUUCCCCAAAUCAAAGCAACACUCCCGAGAGUGUAUCGCCGUCGGAUUUAGUUACCGAACAUUUGGGUACGUCUGGAGCAAAUUGGAAAAAUUGGAUAACCGAAGAGCGUAACAAGAGUUUUCUAACCCAACGUCGUUUAUCCGAAAGAAGACAAUCCAUAGAAACUAUCAGCAGCGUCGGAAGCGAUUAUUCCCCGAGCGUAGACCACGAAGAAAACUACGUGAAAAUUAGAAUAGAAAAAAAGUGGUACAGAAUCAACAAGAGUGUAAUGGAGUGCAUUCCUAAAGGAAAAAUGACGUACGAUAGAGAAAAAAAUCAUUUAAUCAGAUAUUUCGACGACGCACAAAUAGAGCAAUUCAUAAAAAACGUCAAUCUCGAUUUAGUAGCGGCUUCGGAUUUUUUCAAGAAGAUGAGAGAAAGAGUUGGAGGUUAUUUGUGCGAUAAUAUAUUCCUGACGCCUUUCGAAGUUCCCGAGAAUAACGAAGUGAUCCAAUUAUCGAAUGAUAUUAGUUUCGCCAAAGACGAUAAUAUAUCCGAUCCGGAACUGUAUGUCGAGGAAGUCGAAAAAGUCGAACGGUUCGUACCGAAGGACUUUUUCGGUUUUUACAAAUACGUCACCGGGUAUCAAAUCAUACACAAUCACGAUCCGAUUUCGUUCCAGAUGUUUUUGACUAUGCACAACACUAAUCGGAUCAAAAGUUUCUACAGAAGGUAUUUAUUAUCAAUUUUAGAAAAUAAAUAUGUGUGAGUAGGUUUAGGUUCGUUUUGGAUAUUUCAUUUGAUAAAAGUUGCUAUUUUGAUUUGUCUAUGGCACAUUUUACUAUUCAAAUACAACAUCAAAAAGCGCCUCAAUUCAAACGUCAAACAUUUUUAGGUUAGGUUGAUAUUUUUAUAAUGUAAUUUUACUAAUAGUCGUAAUCUCAUUAUUGCUGAAAAAUAUCAUUGAGGGGCUUAUAAUACCUACAAUGCCGGUCAUCAAAUACUUUGUUAAUUCAUAAUCGGUUUACAAACGUAGAUAAGAGUUGUAAUUAAUACAGGGAGGGCCGGAAAGUUCUGCGAAUUUAAAUAAAUAAUAAUAAAAAAAUUCACUCAAAAUGUUUAAGUGAUUUUAACAGUUUCAUAUUCAGUUUUAUUUUAUUUUAGAAAGUUUUACUUGUGAAUCAAGUUUAUAAUAUCCGUCUAACUAAAGUAUAUUGAGUAAACAUUUUUUCGUACCGUAUAGUGGUCAACACAUUUUAAAGAUCGUGUACAAAUUGUGAAACGUGAACGGUAAUGAGAUGGGAACAUAUUCAAUCCAAAUUUAUGACUAAUUCUGUUCAGGCCUUUUUUAAUCUCUUUUUUGAAACGUAAUCUCCUUUCAGCUCAUCAAAUAUGAAGUGCAAAUCUUCAAUCAUUCUACCAAAACUCUUUAUAAUAUUGUGAUAAUGUAAACAAUUUGAAAAAGUUAGGUCCGGAUCUUUCGUUUCAUGUUAAAAAGAAGUUUUUCUCCGCUUUACUCUUUAACUUGAAGAAACAUUUAUGUGGCGAACGACCUCCAAGAAUGCAACAAUUAAUAUGGAUACUGAUAUGGAUAUUUCGGUUUGUGAUUCUCUUAAUAAUAUAAUGGUUGUCAGAUUCUUCGUUUUCCUGGAUUCAUAAUGAACUUUAUUAUUUCAAAUAGAGUUUUAUCGAACUCGGCUUUAACAGAAGUGUCAAGUUUGAAAAUGUAGUUUCUCUAAAAUGUAAAAAAGUCGAUAUCUCUAAUUUAAACUGACUGUUUGAGAUUUAAACUUUACUUGUAAAAUGGGUCUAAAAAAACUUUUCUAAACAAUAUGAGAAAAUUAACUAGCAAAUAUUUCUUUUGUUAUAAAAUACCAACUUUUAUCUAAUGAGUCGAUUAUAGCAAUUGCAGUAACAGAUGAUUGUGAUAAUUAUGUAAGAAUUUAUAGAUUUAUUUAUUUUUUAACAUUUCACGAUGUGUCACGAUUAUUCAUUCACAGUAUUGCAAAAAUUUGAAUAUGACUUUUUUCUACCUUCAGUCUAUAUAUUCGAAGGAUCCCAGUAACGUCAUUAGUUUUUACAAUUUUAAUUUUAACAGCACUCAAAACUUAAGUAGCAACCCUCCUAUUAACACUACAAUUGCUUGUGCAGACUCCUUGCGAAGAUAACGAAUUUCUUUGAGCAUCUUUACAUGUAUUGUUGCUACUUGAAGAUGAUACUAGUUCAGAGUGCUGUUUAUCGCUAUUUGAAGAUCUUGCAGCUACUUAUGCAACACAGAUUGAAAACAGGAAGAAUGUUGCCAGCAAAUUUAUUCUUAUUUCCUCAAUGUAUACCCCAGCAAUCGUUGAGGAUCUCCAUAUCACUUGAUUGUGAUAAUACGUUUGUUGUUAACAUGUAGUUUCCCGUAAUUGAGUUUUGAAAAUGGUUUUUGUAUCUGUAUCUAAGUAAAAAAAAAGUUUCUUUCGAACAGCGCGGUAAAUUAUCAACCAGCUUGUUGCGCCACUGAUGUUUGCUAACAUAAAUUACAGACUUUUCCUUUAUAUCUAAUUUAUUCAUUGCUAUUGGUAAAGUUUGCGAUUUUCAUCUACACUCAAUAUACAGGGUGUUCCAGGACUCCUCGUUUCUAAGUUAUAGGUUUUAAAGUUGAGGAAUCAGUGUUAUUUUUUGGAUCAAGUCCCGGAACACCCUGUAUUUUCAAUUUGUUUCGCUCGUUUCUAUAAUUUACAAGACAAUUUUCUUUCUCAAAUAAGUAGAUUUAGCUACAACUGUAUUGUGAGCCUUGACUGAAGUAGAAAUAUAAUUUGUGAAUCGAAAUGGUUAUCAAUUACCCUUAUGGGUAAUUUUAAAAGAAGAUGCUAUGUAUCUGUAAUACCUACAUGGAAUGGUGGUACUUAAAUUCAUAAUUUAUUGUAUAAUUUUUAAUGUGUGUGUACUUUUUAUAUUUUUUUUAAUAAAAUGUUUAAAAUACAAA